AUGCAAGCCUUGGAUCGUCAUCUUCUCGAUUUACAUACAGUACUCGAAGAAGGAGAAAAGUGCACAGCACUGUUAAAUCCAAUUUCUAUCGUUUCGGAUAUGAACGAUUUUUGCAGUCGACUCUCCUCGGACGACAUUGGUCUCUGCUCUAGUAUUCUAUUCCAUGAAGAGAAGGGAAUAUUUGCCUAUGUCAAUCGAUCACUCACUUUAUAUCCAAGUUCGAUUGGAGGCAACAAGACGAUGACUCUGAGUCGGAAAGCAAUUUUCGACUUUUUAUUGAAUUAUAUUAAAAUUGCAAAAGAACGAAUUUUAGAGCACGUUCUUGUGAUCAAAAGGUGGUGUGUCAAUGUCUUCCGACGAGAGAGUUCGAAUCAAGUACGACUCGCAACCAUUCCUCCUCUCAUUAAAUUAUUAAUUAUUUUGAUGGAGAAUGAUUCUCCAUUAUUGAUAUCAAAAAGUUCCUCUUCCUCCUCCGAAUCGGAUGAAGCAGGUACGUCCUCAACGACCAAUGAUGACGCAACCAAGAAUAACAAUCAAAUGGAGACAGAUGAGAGGAAUGAAAACUCUACUACUGGAGAAUCAUCAAGUGCUGUGGCUACUUUAUCCAAUCGAUCUCCUGCAGAGUCCGAUACAAGUCUCAAUAUUCGAGAAGUGUUCCAAGUCUAUUUCAAAGAAUUCCAACGAUUGGGCAAUAAUGGUAAUCAAACAUUGAAAGGAAGUAUUUUACACUUAUUAGGUGUGUUGUGUGAAUAUUUUCCUGGAGAGACACACAUGUAUCAACAACAAAUGUUGUCUCUUCUCAUGAGUACACUACUCAAUCAGUCAAAGAAGGCAAAACCAGAACCACAAUUGAUUGCUUCGACGUUUCGAGGUCUCUCCCAUUUCUUGUCUCAAUUUGGUGGUUCUGUAGAAGAAGGUUCGACCUAUAUCAAACCAUUGUAUCAACUCUUGUGCACAAGUCUGGAGCUUGUGAAUGAAACUCGAUACGACGUUCCAAAAUCUGCAUUGAUUUUACUUGCGAAACAUGCAUUCCAAUUUAAGGAAUAUCUCACAGUGGAUGCAGAGAAAAUGUUUGAUCGACUUUCAACAUUAUGUUCUCAUCGAAAUGACAAGGUACGAAAGAAUGCAUUCCCUGCACUUGAGAGUUUCCUAGCACAAAUUUCAUACGAGUUAAUUCGUGAUGGCGGAAGAAAACUUGAAUCGAAUUUGCGAACGUUUAAGAAUCUCAUGCAAAAAUUCAAAGGUUUACUUUCACUAAAUUUUUCUGAUGUCUCUGUUCAAUCGAGUACGGCUCCAUCCAUUAAUCCAAACAUCAACAAGUAUUUCCUAAGUAUUGCAAUUAGAAGUUUUGGACAAUUUGCUCUUCCAAUGAAGAAAUUCUUGACACAAAACGACAUGAAAAUAAUUCUAAGACAAUUACUGAAAUUGAGUGAUCAAUUACUUACAAGAAGUCAAGAGCAACUUGAAGAAUCUGUUUCUCACAUUCCAUCUUUUUUAUCUGCUUUUGCGAAUAUUAUUCUUGAACUUGACAUUGUUGAUUCAUGGAUUAUGGACUCGUUAGAGAAAAUUUCAGGAAUUUUGUUUUUGGUUUACCCAAAGCAAUAUCUGUUCCCCAAGUAUAAGUAUGCUAAUUAUAGCGCAUUUGUGAAAUUAUUGAUUGCAUUGUAUAUGAAAGAGAGAGCUCUUGGAAACUUUUUAGAUCGAAUUGUGUUUCAAUGUAUGACUUUGACAAUUUCUAGUGUGACUUCUCUAGUGACCACCAAUGAUGUGAACACCAAUACUAAUUCAAUGGCCUCCGACCAACCUCCAUCCCUCUAUGAAGAAUACUUAGAUUUAUGGUACAAUAUUUUAAAUCCAAAGAAUAUCAAACUAGGAGAUUGGAAUUAUCCAUGGGUUGAUUUAACACUAUCCGAAGAUCUUAUUGAACAUUUGCAUUCCAUUGUGUAUGACAAAUUGAUCGAAGUGAUUAUGCAAAUGAUAUCCAAAUUCGAUCUCAGAUGUACACAUGCAAGUACCUUGUCGGGAGAUGGCAGUACCUCUGGAAACUCAGUCACAACAGCUACAGGGCAGGUAGUUGAUGAAGGAACUGCAAUUCUUCAAGAUGCACUCAUCCCAUCAAAUGCUAAAGAUAUGGAGCUGUUCUUGAACUUGGUUGAAUUUUCAAAAAGAUUUUUGAAGAAGUGUAAACCAAAACACUUUUUAAGAUGGAAUUAUCUGGCGUUCCCAACUCCCAGAAAUAGUGUUACAAUAGCAUUUGGAAAGCACUUUAUUUUUUAG